CCGCUGUCUUCUGUCACCUCAGUGCAGCUGAAGUGCAACAGAGCAGUGACCUGCAGCAGAAGGGAUGGAGGAGACAGACACGAGACUCGGUGGUGAAUGAGUGUCUGAGGUUUCAACCCUACAAGCAGGACCCAUCACCUGCUCCAUCUCCGGCGAUAGAAUAACAUCAUGGAGUGCACUCACGCCACCUCACACCUCUACAUCAGCAAGAGGAGUCGUGUGAGUCCGUCCUUCUCUCUGUGCAGGGGCCCAUCUCCCUCCUCUAGAGCCCCUCUCAGCUCCAAACGAAGACUGGGCUCCAACUGGGAGGAGGAGGAGGGUCCAGCUGGAAAUGUGAAGCCGGGUCAAGCAGACAAAUUCGGCCUCACGGACUUGAAAGAAUCCCUCAAAGCGCUGGAUGACUCUUCCGAGAUCCGCUGGCUGACAGAGUUGUUGCCGCUGUGUCUGGAGUGCCAGGCUUUCAUGAGCAUGGGGAACCAACAGGGCGUGAAAUCCCCAAGGAUCCAGAUCCCUCGGGAGAGAAGGAAGAGAGCGGAGGGGAUCGUGAACGCAGGCACCCUUCACCAUAACGUCAAGAUGUCACCCGGGUUUCCUCGGGUGCCCUCGAAGGUAAAGAGGCAGACAAAGCUUCAGAUGUCGAGCUCCCCUACAUUUGGAGAAUGGGACUUCAAGGUGGACAGGCCAAUCAGGAGAAAGGGAGCUACUGUAAAAGACAAGGAGAACAAAAGUGAUUCGACACAGGAAAUAAAGCCAGUGUGGAGACUGAAGCCACCUGAUCCUGCAUCUGAAAAGCUUUCUAGAUCUUAUGCUAAAAAAGGUCCUCUCUGCCACAAGAGGGAUUUACCCGUAGAGGAUGAAUGUGCAUUUCCUGACUCAGACACUGACCUUUCUGAAUACGACAACGAGACGUACUCAGCGUAUAUCACUCAGCCUCGCCUUGACUCGAACAGAAGGACAGAGGAGAGAACCAGGAAUGCAACAAAGGCCCAGAUCACCCAAUCAGCAAGUCAUAAUCAUGAGGACAGGAAGGCAGAGGUCGGGGAGGCGAAGUCCCCUCAGUGGUGGUUUGAGGAGUUGGGGAAGAGGACUGCAGCACGGCGAGUGAUGGGCAAAAUCGAGGAAGUUGAGGGAAUCAUACGAAGGGUGAGGGUCACCAGCUCGGACUGGAUAAAAGAGGGGAGUGACAGUGAUGAACCCCAGUUUAUCCCAGAUGGAAGCAUCAGUGACGAUCAGCUCCGAGUCCUGCAACAAAGAUGCAGGGCGGAAUUCACUUCUGAUUCCCUAAAUGAGAUGCAUGACUUGGGUUGCACUGCAGACAAGCCUCUUCUGGUGGAAGAACUUCGAGUCCUGUGUGAAGCUCUGAGCCAGAGCCUCCAUCAUGCCCUGAGGAUGGAGGGAGCAAAGGCCGAUAUCUCAAUUCAAUGGGAUCAAACAGGAAGAAUCGACCAUCGCAUCUUUACAAGUGUUCAAACAAUUUCCCGCGGCCUCUUUCAGCCGCCCACAAUACAAGUCAAACUCAUGAUCCAGGAGGACAGAACGCCUUUGGUGAGUUUGCGGCAGAGUAACAGGGAAAUGGAGAAGCAAAAAGCAUUUCUCAAAAUGUUCAGGACCUUUUCAGAUGAGCAAAAUGAGGAGAUGACGCAGGAAGAGCUGAGUCUUACUAAAAAGAAAAGUGAGGAUAUGAACUUUAAAGAUUCUUUAUUUUAUGUGAUAAUGCCUCAUGAAGGAGAGAAGGUGACCUCAGAGACAGGAGGAGGAAAUGACUCAGACCACACGGAGCAGGAGAGGAAUGAAUUUAACCGAACAGAGCAGCACAGCAGGGCUGUGAACACGGAAAAUGUCCCUGAAAUGCCAAACAAACACUGCGACAAAGUAAGUGGUUCUCACAGAACAGAGAACUCCCUGGACGAAUGUGCCUUGAACGCGUCUCUGCAGCCGAAAUGUCAACACAUUUCUGCUGAGUGCACAAAUAUAGAUUGUGGUUGCGUCGUGCCAAACGGUGUCAAGCAGGAUGGCGGUGAAGAAGGCAACCAGGAUGUGAGAACUGCGGACAGUUCAGAUGUGCAUUUUCACCCCGAGGUGUCUGCAACAACAAUACAUGUUGGGCUAAAAGUGACUGGGACAGAACUCUCUGAACCAACACUGGAGCAAAACAUUGAGCCCUCCUGCUCUGAAACUGAUGAAGAGGAGGAGGAUGAGGAAGAAGAAGAAAAAAGUCAUCCAGACCUGUUCACCCAGCUCCACCAACAUCCCCACAAUCCACAAGAUAAUCUAUCGAAUACUGGAUCCACCUUCACCAGAGCCACCUUCUCGCCGGGCUCCCCCACGGACAGGCAGAUCCAGCUCCCGGCCCUGUUCAGCGGCCUGAGGGUGCUGAGGAAAGGGGUGGUCGGGCCCGAGCACGACACUGUGUCCCACAUCAGACCUCAGUCUCUGCGGGCAAGGAGGGCUAUUUUCCCAGGGAGGCCGGAGGACGCCAGGGUCCAGGGGAGCUUAUUGGACCAGAUCUCUCAGUUUCUGAGUCUGGAAAAGAAAGAAGACGAGAAAGAGGAGAGGACGGAGGCUGAGGGAGACCAGGAUGAAACCGAGAAUAAGGAGAGUCAAGAGAAGGAGGACUUUGAAAAAGAGGAGGAUGUAGAAAGGUCGGGGUCGUUUGAUUCUAAGAAAUCUCCGGUGUCGAGUGCAGAGGCAGCGUUUGAUGCCUUCAAGGCUUUUUUCAGCCCAAAGCCGCUGAAGAAGGACCCGGCAGAGAAAGUGAACCUGGACGCAGUGAGGAAGAAGAUAAGAACUGACAAAGACGAGUUGAAAGCCAUUUUUGAGAAAACCUCCAGUAACACGCCAGAGAAGAAAGAUGCAUCUGACGGCAAAUCAGAGGCUUCCACGCCGGGGGAGGGAGAGGAACGAACUCCUGGUCGUUUACAAGCCGUCUGGCCGCCAGUCAAGGAGGAAAAAGUUGGGCUCAAGUACACUGAAGCAGAGCAUCAGGCCGCUCUGCUGCAGCUGAAGAGAGAAUGCAAAGAGGAGCUGGAGAAGUUACAGGAGGAGUUCGGUCAGGAACUUUCCAGACUACGGGUGGAGAACGAGGACAGCGUCGCCCGACUGGAGUUCACUGUGGCUGAGCUUCAGGCCAAACUCUCCCAGGCUGGGACCCACUGCAGAGGGGAACUCAGAGACGUCGCUGUGUCCACUGGAGAUGACUGUUUACAAAAAUCUUUCCGCACCGUCUGCGUCCAGACGGACAGAGAGACCUUCGUCAAAACUCCAGAGGAUGCAGAGGGCGCAGGGAGGACAAGCACGAGUCCUCGGCCGCAGAAGGUGACUCCCAGAAAGUUGGACCUGGCCACUAUCAGCCUGAGCCUGGCCGGUCAGUGGGACGCCUCAGCGCCCCCUGUCCCUCCAUCCCAAACUCUGCCUCCUCCUGAAGCCACGAUACCUCAAACAGAGCCACCACCAGCCCCUGCUCCGGCAACGUUAACCAACAAAACAAACAAUCUCCCUCCUCCUCCUCCUCCUCCACCUCCACCUCCUCCACCACCACCACCGCCUCCUCCAUCCAUGCCAGGCUUAGCCCCACCACCUCCCCCUCCUCCAGGGGGAGGUUUCUUAUUGGAUAAGCCUCCCAGGAAAGUAGCGGUGGAGCCGUCCAGACCCAUGAAGCCUCUUUACUGGAGCAGGAUCCAGAUGCAGGACAACAACAACAACACACUGUGGAACCUUUUAGAGGAACCAAAUAUCAUCAACACCAGCGAGUUUGAGGAUCUUUUUGCCAAAACCACCACACAGACCAAGAGGAAGCCGCUGUCUGAGGCGUAUGAGAAGAAAGCCAAAUCCAGGAAGAUCAUUAAGCUGCUGGACGGUAAACGCUCUCAGGCCGUGGGCAUCCUCAUAUCAAGCCUCCACCUGGAGAUGAAAGAUAUACAACAAGCUGUGCUGACUGUGGACCACUCCGUUGUGGACCUGGAGACCAUUGAAGCUCUGUAUGAAAAUAGAGCUCAGCCCGAGGAGCUGGAGAAGAUCAAGAAACACUACGAGAUGUCAGAGGAAGAGAAAGUUAAACUCCUGGACAAACCUGAACAGUUCCUCUAUGAGUUAUCUCAGAUCCCGGACUUUGCAGGAAGAGCUCACUGCAUCAUCUUCCAGUCGGCGUUCAUCGACACUAUCGGGUCCGUCCAACGCAAGCUCAGCACUGUCUCCUCCAUCUGCAAGGCCCUGGUGGAGAGUAACGACGUGAGGGAGAUGAUGGGACUGGUGCUGGCUCUGGGGAACCACAUGAACGGAGGCAGCAGGACCAGAGGUCAGGCUGACGGCUUCGGCCUGGAGAUCCUCCCUAAACUCAAGGACGUCAAGAGCAGAGACAAUCGUAUCAGCCUGGUGGACUAUGUGGUGUCAUACUACCUGCACAAUGUGGACAAGAACGCCGGCACAGACAAGUGUACGUUCCCUCUUCCUGAACCUCAGGACGUCUUCCUGGCAGCACAGGUCAAGUUCGAUGACCUCAACAGAGACCUGAGACAGCUCGGACGAGAUCUCACAAGAUGUGAGAACAGUGUGAAGGAGGUUUGCUCCGACUCACCUGAAGAACACCUGCAGCCGUUUAAAGACAAGAUGGAGGCUUUUGUUCUCAGUGCACGAAAGGAACAUGCAGAAGCUUCCCAUCAACUGGGGACUGUGCAAAAAAGUUUCCAAGACUCGGUUCUGUAUUUCGGACUGAAGCCGAAGACCGGAGAGAAGGACGUGACUGCCGCUCAUUUCUUCAUGCUCUGGUUUGAGUUUUGUGCCGACUUCAAAGUCAGGUGGAAGAGGGAGAAUAAGACGAUCUCUAAAGAGAGGUUAAAGGAGGCUCAGCUCUCAGUGAAGCGAAUCACGGCGGAGAAAAAAGUGGAAACGAGAAAGAUCAACCCCAACAGCCUGAAACAACGACUGCGUCAGAAAGAAGCAAACAUGUCUUCAACUUAAGAGACGUCCCCUCUGACAUCAUUUCCUCCUGUUUGGAUCAGACACAGAUAUCCUUGUUGAGUUAGUUU